GCGAAAGCGGAAGAGAAGACACAUAAACAAAAGCGGCUCUGUUUUAGGGUGUACAUGGCUUAAACUGUUCCCGACUGUAUUUAUUUGAAGUUUUUACUACCAUGCCUAUCUCUACUUGCGUCCGGCUGCCAUUGUUUUGUGUCGUGUGCUGCUGUAGGAAGUGAAGUAACCGUAGUAAAGCGCGGUUAGUUUUUGUUUUGAACAGCCAUGUCGUUGUUCAGCGUUCAAGCGAGGAAACACACGGCGUAUUAUGACCAUCUAAUGUCGACACCGGGCAGAAGGCGUACGGCCGAGCGAAAAUCCGCGGACUCGACGCUGGAAAAAAGUGACACAACGUCCGGAGACUCCUCCGCGUUUGAAGACAGCAGGACAUCCGAGAAAAGCCGACAGGUCAACAGGACGUAUGUCAUCUCUGCGCUGUCAAAACCGCAGACUCCCCACCGGAGCAGACUCACCCUGCAGAGGAGGUCCAGGAGGAGGACCAGAGGCGAGACUGUGGAUACAACCGUGACAGAGAACAGCCAGAGCAACAACACUCCAACGUCAGAGAAAAGACUGACCCUGCAGCGCAGAACCAGAACUCCCUCCAUGGAUAAAAGCGUACAGGGGCAGCGUGAGGUCAACAGUGCAGGCCUGCAGCAGGUGUCCAAAGUCCUCAGUGAAGCAAACGGUAGAACACCUGUUGUUUUCAGGUCCACGAGUUUAAGAGAAGCUGCUGGUAAGAGCAAAGGUAGAGAAACUACUGCUGUUCACCUGGAAACACAAGGCAAGCUGGCGCAGAAUAAAACACCAUCAUCAUCCACCACUACUACCACCACUGUGAGACAACAGGAGAGCCAGGCCCAAACAUUUAAAACCCCUACCAAGAAGACACCGUUCCAGAGAAUCGCAGCAAAGAGAGAUGUGUUCGAGAGAAUGGCGGGGAAAGAGGCCCCUAAACCAGCGGCAGCCAAGUCCGCAAGUCUAGAAAGGCCUAAACCUAGAGCACAAGAAGUCAAAGUCGUGCCAACUCCACGAAUCAACAAAACCAGCACGGGCAAGCCAAUUUCUACGCUGCACGUGACAAGGACAUCAAGUCUAAAGAGAGACGUGACCCAGACUGGGAUAUCCACUCCAACUCCAACUCCUGCUCCUGCUCCUACCGAGCAGCAGCUGACUCGUCCCUGUGAAGCUCUGAAGCUGCAGGAUUCAUUUAAGAUGGAAAACAGUGCCGUGACUGUGGCUGUCCGUGUCCGUCCUUUCAGUGCCAGGGAGAAGGCAGAGAAAGCAUUACAGGUCAUUUUCAUGAACGGCCAGGAGACUGUCGUCCAACAUCCGGAGUCCAAACAGAACUACUCCUUUACAUAUGACUUCUCGUUCUGCUCGGUGGAGAAGAGUGACCCCACCUUUGCCAGUCAACAGCUGGUGUACGAGACACUGGCCAAACCCCUGCUACUGAGGGCCUUUGAAGGAUUCAACACAUGUCUGUUUGCUUACGGCCAAACGGGCUCUGGGAAGUCGUACACGAUGAUGGGCUUUGGAGAAGAGGCGGGGGUUGUCCCUCGGUUCUGCCAUGAACUUUUCUCUAGAUUGAACUCCAUAGAAAAUAAAGAGGUCAAAUGUCAUGUCGAGAUGAGCUAUUUUGAAGUGUACAAUGAAAAGAUCCAUGACCUCUUGGUGACCAGAGAUGAGCCAAACCAAAGGAGAAUGCCUCUAAGAGUGAGGGAGCAUCCAGUCCAUGGUCCCUAUGUUGCUGAGCUUUCUACGAAUGUUGUGAGCUCUUACAGUGACGUUCAGGGGUGGCUGGAGUUGGGAAACAAGCAGAGAGCCACAGCAGCGACAGGAAUGAAUGACAAAAGCUCCAGAUCUCACUCUGUCUUCACCCUGGUGAUGACCCAAACCAAAACUGAGUUUGUGGAGGGUGAGGAACAUGACCACAGUAUCACCAGCAGGAUAAACCUGGUGGACCUAGCUGGAAGUGAACGCUGUAACUCCGCCCAGACAAGUGGAGACCGGCUCAGGGAAGGUGCUAGCAUCAACAAAUCCCUGCUUACCCUUGGAAAGGUCAUCUCUGCCCUGUCCGAACAGGCACUGACCAGGAAGAAGGUCUUCAUACCAUACAGGGAGUCUGUCCUCACAUGGCUGUUGAAAGAAAGCCUCGGUGGUAACUCCAAGACGACCAUGAUUGCCACUCUGAGCCCAGCAGGUAGCAAUGUGGAGGAAAGUCUAAGCACACUGCGCUAUGCUCAGCAGGCCCGAACAAUUAUUAAUGUGGCCAAGGUCAAUGAGGAUACCAGUGCCAAGCUCAUCAGAGAUCUGAAGGCGGAGGUGGAGAAGCUGCGAGCAGCCCAGAUGAGCUCACUCGGAAUUGAACCGGAGAGAGUCAGGCUGUUCCAGCAGGAGAUUACUGCCCUGAAGACCAAACUCUCUCGGCAAGAGAGAGAAAUGGUCGAGGCCAACCGGGCAUGGAGAGAGAAACUGGAACAAGCUGAAAUUCGCAAACGUGAGGAGACCAAAGAGUUGCAGAAAGCAGGUGUGACAUUCAAGGUGGACAAUCGUCUUCCCAACCUGGUGAACCUGAACGAGGAUCCUCAGCUGUCAGAGAUGCUUCUUUACAUGAUCAAAGAGGGUCAGACCACAGUGGGCAAGCUCAAGUCUGAUUUGAGCCAUGACAUUCAACUGACUGGAGCCCUCAUUGCUGACCAACACUGUGUUAUAACCAGCAUCCGUGAUACUGUCAGCAUCACGCCAAUGGAAAAUGCCAAGACCUUUGUUAACGGGAAUCUCAUCUCAGAGUCCACUGUCCUUCAUCAUGGGGACAGGGUGAUUCUAGGUGGAGACCACUACUUCCGCUUUAACCAUCCAGCCGAGGUGCAGUCUGGGAAGCGGGUAUCGUGUUGGACAGGCACAGGAGACGGCCAGAAAGAUUUUGAAUUUGCCAAAAAUGAGCUACUCGCAGCUCAAAGAGCACAACUGGAGGCAGAAAUUGAAGAGGCCCAUUUGAAGGCAAAAGAGGAGAUGAUGCAGGGAAUCCAGAUGGCAAAGGAGAUGGCACAGAAGGAGCUGUCUGAUCAGAAGUCUCUUUAUGAGCACAGGAUCCGAGCCCUGGAGAGAGAGCUGAACCAGGAGAGUGCACGGAAACGUCAACAGGAGUUUGCCCAACAGAAGGUGGUCAGUCAGAUGGCAGAGCUGAAGGUGGCCAAGCUGGAGCUGGAGCAGGAGGUGGACACCCAAAAGAAACGCCUCCGCCUGCAUAUGGAGGCCCAGGCGAUGGAGGAACACCAUGUGAGUCAAGUGAGGAUUGUUGAGGCCCUGGAGGCUGAGAAAAGAAAGAUUGCCAAAGAGCUGGAAGAGAUGCAGAAGAAAAAAACAUUAAGGGAAAACAACACUCCCAGAAAUGUCUCUCCACAGUGGGAUGCCAUGAAGUUGUCCUUGAUGAUUGAAGAAGCUAAUAAGAUCAGUGCCAAACUGAGGAAAAACACAGUUUUUUGCAGGCAUGAGAGCUCUGAAAGUGAGAACGUGGAACAAGGUGGUUUGGUCCAUGUGCGGGUUCAAAACACAAAGCUGGGGAUCUCCACAUUCUGGAGCCUGGACAAGUUCCAAAACAACAUGGCAGCCAUGAGGGACCUCGAACAGGGGGAUUCCACCUUUAAAGAUGACGAUGUGUUUUAUGACCCUGAUGAUGAGUGGGAGCAAGAUAUAUCGGCCUCCUCUGCUUCUACCUCAUCAUUCUCACGCCGAAGGAGCCGGAGUAUGUUGAAGAGCAGAAGAAUCUCUGGGCGUCUCUAUGAGAUCCGGGUCCAUCCCAUUCAGAGUCUCCAUCAUAGCUCCUCCCAGUGUGCUGGGUUGAUGGGUGUUGCCAAACCACCCUCCACCCAUCCCAGCAGCACAUCCUCUGCCUUGCCUGGCAUCUGCAAGGAGCUGAUUGGUCAGUCGGUGGCCCAUCUUCGGGGUUGUAGAGGCGCAGAGGAGAGUGUGGCUGACAGGUUGGCCUGUGAUCUGAACCUGGUGUAUACGGCUGUCCAAACCAUAUCUGACCUGUAUGACGGCCUGGAUGAUGAUAACCAUGAGAACGUGUUUGUUUCUGACCUGGUGGCUCAGACUCAGCUGGUCAAGGCCACCGCAGCCAUAGAGAGCGCAGUGUUUACCACCCAGUGGAUGAUCAACAUUAAGCCUUUUACUGGCUCGCUCUACACCAUCGCCGAGGAACUCAAGAGCCAAGUCAAGAAGAUGGGAGGAUUCUUUCAACUUCUCAUUCAGGGUUGUGAGUCAGAGAUCACAUCAAUGGUCACAGAGGCACGGAGAAAGAGCAGCCAGUGCCUGGAUGCUGCAUUGCUUGCACUCGGCCACCUGGCAGCGGUGACGUGCAUGUCGUUAAAUGCUGUGGAGCUGGGUGCCCAGGCUGUAGGCAAGUCAUCACUGGUCAUGUGUGUACUGAAGGGUACGAACAGAGGUGUUCGCUCUCUUAUUGAGGAGAGCCUCGUCAUCACCAGGGAAAUGCUAAGAGAGGCUCAGCUGGCAUAUCCCAGAACCCCGGUCCUACAGAGCCUAAAAUCGAAGUCACUCGAUUUUGCACGUGCUCUGCAGAACUACAUGCAUCUCCAUUUGACGGAAAGAGAAUGUGACCCAGAGGAGGUGGAAGAAGGGGCGGAGGAUUCUUCUGCUUUGCAUUUGCAGACGCUGAGGACCACAGCAACCAAACUGUUCCAGCUGAACCAGGCUAUCCGACAACUGCAUUCCUCUUUGUCUGCUGCACUGCGAGGGAAAGACAGAGACUCUAACUUCAGCAGCUGCAGAGAGUUGAUCUCGUCCUCUGCCAAAGCUGUUGAUGAGCUGAUCACUGGUUUGGCUGAGGAAGGGGCUUUGACACCGUCCUCGCAGCUCAAUAGGAACCGUCCACGUCAGAGUAGCACGACGGCACGAGACGAAGUCCACUCUGCCCUACAAUCCCUGUCCUCGCCCUGCAACGAACAGAGCACAGGAGAAGGCAGAAGCUCUGGCGCUUCAAAUAAGAGUGCAGAAGAUGAUUUCUUGACCAAUGACAGUGGUUCCACUCACAGCGCUGUUAGAAAUCGAGUCGUGAGUAAAAUGGUCUAUUCUCUGCCUGCUGGUGUGUCAGCCAAAGGCAGCCCACAUUGGGUGUAAUGUACAUAGUGAAUGUUAUUCUGUGUAGCGUUUACUACAAUGUGGGUAUAUUUCUUUUCUUUUGCUGGGCAUCCCAUAAUUAUAAACCUUCCAUUACAGACAAGCUAAAAUUGCAGACACUA